AUGUCAGAAACAAAGACACAGGUCUUCACAAUAGCUGAGACGGGAGAGACGGCAUCUGAGAGGGGCAACAGGAACAAGAAGAGAUGCAUCUUUGAGCAGUAUGUGCAGCCCUGCCUGGCUGAGCUGUUUGGGACGAGCCUGUUUGUGUUUGUGGGGUGUGCCUCUGUUAUUGGGAAUGUGGGAGCAGGUGUCAUCCAGCCCGCUGUGGCACAUGGACUGGCCCUGGGAGUGCUGAUCAUGGUGUUUGGGCAAAUUAGUGGGGGCCACUUUAACCCUGUGGUUUCUCUGAGCGUCUACCUGUGUGGAGGGAUGGGGCUUCCCCUCCUGCUGCCUUAUGUGCUGGCUCAGAUGUGUGGAGGCAUGAUCGGUGCGGCUUUGACCAAGGCAGUGUUCCCCUUUAAUGUGUAUAAUGCGUCCCUCGGAGGAGCCUUUGAUGUAGUCAAUAAAGAUCUGGCUAAAACCACUCUGGCUGAGGUGAUGAUGACCCUGUUCCUCAUCACGGUGGUGUGCAUGGGCGCCGUCAACAGCAAAACCCGAUCACCGUGGGUUUCUUUCUGCAUCGGCCUCACUGUGACGGCCAACAUAUUUGCAGGGGGGUCGUUGUCUGGAGCCUGUAUGAACCCUGCUCGGGCCUUCGGUCCUGCAGUGGUUGCAAACCACUGGGACCAUCACUGGAUCUACUGGGUGGGACCCACUUGUGGCGCGCUGCUCACUGUCAGCUUCAUCAGGUUGCUGUUAGGUGACGAGAAGACCCGAAUUGUGAUGAGGUGA